AUGGCGACGCCGCACCUGGCGGGGAUCGCUGCGCUGGUGAUGCAGAAGUACCCUUCUUGGAGCCCCGCGCAGGUCAUGUCUGCUAUCAUGACCACCGCCACCACCAAGGAUGUUUAUGGUGCUGCCAUCUCUACCGCCUAUGGGAAAGCUGCUACGCCGUGGGAUAUGGGCGCGGGGCAUGUGUUCCCGCCCAGGGUUCUGGACCCCGGGCUGACGUAUGACGCUCGGAAGAGCGCGUAUUUGAAUUUCCUGGCUGGGCUGGACAUGCAGAGGACCCAGUCAGAGUACCCGAAUGAAAAGCUCACCUCUGUGCCGCCCAGAGAGCUCAACCGGCCGACCAUCGCACUUGCCGGCCUCAAAGGCUCGACCACAGUCACACGCACGGUCACCUGUGUGGCUGACUCCGCCUCCACUUACUCUGCCAAGAUUCAGAAGCCUAAGGGGGUGGAGGUGACUGUGAAGCCCAGCAGCUUCGCCAUCUCGCCUGGUCAGAAGGUCAGCUACGUGGUGACCUUCAAGGUGACUAAAGCCUCGAAGAAUUUUCAGUAUGGGAGCCUCACUUGGGUGGACGAGAAGGGUCACUCUGUGCGGUCGGCCAUUGCCGUCAAGCCUGUCAGAAAGUGA